CCAUGGGUGAGGGGCUAUCACGUGUGUGAGAAUAGAAGUUCCAAGCUGGUACCGGGGGUAACAUGAGAGGGACAAUGCCGGGACAGGAGUGUGCGGCCCCUGCUGGAUAUAAAGGUAUCCCAGUGAAGUUCUCAGCCAAUCACACUUCACAGCACUACUUGUAUGCGAAAGAGCACAAAGUAAGGGGCCAGGCGGAUAAACCGCAAUUACAGAAGAACACUUUAUUUGUAAUCAACAUCCCAGCAUACUGCACAGAGAAAUGUUUAUCUAGACUUUUCAGUUGUUGUGGUCAUGUGGAGUCUGUGGAAGUGCUUGAGAAGCCCGCUCCAUCCGUAAAGGAUCAUGCCGUUUCCAAAUUCUUUAACUUGAAUGCGCUAAAGGGGUAUAAAGUGGCUUAUGUGGUGUUUAAAAAUUCCUCGGGGCUUCACGAGUUCAAUUCCCUUAAGUUUACAACACCGUUGGUUUUAUCUGGAGAGGAUCACGUUAUAAAAACUGGAAUCCAAGGUUGGAUAGAAGGUUAUGAGAUGUCCCUCGUUGAUGUUGCUGAACUCCAAGCCGAAGUUGAGCAAUACAUGCAGGAAUAUGACAAGAAAGUUGCAGAGAAAGAAGAAGAAGCCAAGGAAGAGGAGGAGCCCGAUGAGGACGGCUGGGUGACGGUGACAAGGAAAGGACGGCGCCCGGGUUUAGCGAGAACCGAAGCUUUCAGUAUUCGUGUGGCAGAAAAAGAAAAGAAGAAGAGAGCCCAGAAGGAACUCUUGGCUUUCUAUGCCUUUCAGAAUCGUAACAGCAAAAAAGAAUUCUUGGCUGAACUACAUAGAAAGUUUGAGGAAGACAAGCAGAAGAUCGCGAUAAUGCGAGCGCAGAGGAAAUUCCGGCCUUACUGAAGGACUCCACAUAGCAGAGAAGAAGAUGCGGCACAAAGUGAUUUUUCCGACAGACAUCGGUGAAAAGUUCCACAAGAAAGUUGUAGCAGAAAAAA